AUGCAACUUACCGUCUUCGUCACCGCCCUGCUUGCCUCUGUCGCUUCGGCCAGAACCUUCGUGUUGUACGAACACGCCAACUACGGUGGUGCAUGGAGCACCGAAAACCGUGGCAACGAUGGCACCUGCUGGAAUCUUAACGGCAAGGGCGACAAGACCAGCUCUGUUGGCGGUGACUCCGGAUGCACCACCUUUUACCGGCAAGGAGCGGGACUGUCAAGGUGCACAAUGGCAGAACCGUGGCAGCGCGAGGACGGUUCCCGACUUCCUCAAUGA